AUGCCGACGGCCAAGUACUUCACCAUAUACUCUCCUUUCCCCAACGAAGUCCCCGUAGGCGAUCUUCCAUGGGUCUCGCUCGGUAAGCUUUUGGCUAAUAAUGACACCGAAUCGGAGCAACUCUUUCAAGCUUGUAGAGAAAUUCGUUUCUUCCUCGUCAAUUUGAGAGGUCCACGCGAGGGUGAAACCAUGCUCAAAGAUGCUGAGGCUACGUUUGACCUGAGUGAAAAGAUUUACGAGAUUGAUAAAGGAGAAGUGGUGAAGCAUGCCUUCAACCCUACUGGAAGUCUUUUCGGGGACAAAGAUGUCGGUCGAACGAAGCUGGAAGACGGCAGUCCCGAUUCUUUCGAGGCUUACAGCCUGUCGCAGGAUGAUAUGCUCGGCAUAUCUCCGCGGAACAAUGCUAAGAUACCGAGGCCAACCGCAAGAUCUUGCAGGGUUUUUUCCAUCACGCGCAUGGCAUCAUCAGCCAUCUCUUAG